ACUAUAGUCGGACAGCAAAUUACUCUCUACUUACUAACAUAAGCCGUAACCUAUCCCUCCAUAAUUUUUCUUUCUUUUUACUACCUUUUGCUUAUAUUUUGGUUUUUUCACCUAACUUAUAUUUCCCCUCUCUUCACAUUACCCUUUUUCUCACCUCGCUUAGCGCAACCAAAGCACAAAAAGAAAAGGGUUAAACCAAAAACAAAAAAACAGCAGCAAGGGUUUUCCUUUGGUUUUCGUCUCUCUUUCACCGAUCAUCCAUGGCUCAUACGUCUGCUUCCGAUUCCCGCCGCCACCUCACCGUCAACCCUCACCAUCCGAUCUCCAAAGAUGUUCAAGGAUCUGACAAUCCUAUUCCGCUUUCACCACAAUGGCUUCUUUCAAAGCCAGGGGAGAAUAAGCCAAUGGGAACUAUGGAAAAUCAUCCUGUGCCAUAUCCUGCUCAUGGAGGUCGCUCUGAAGUCAUUAAGCCAUCAGGAAAUGGCGAGGGGAUGCAUGGUACCCCAAAAAAGGAUGUUUUUAGGCCAUCCUUACUUGAUAUGGAAACUGGCCGUCGAGACCGCUGGCGUGAUGAAGAACGAGAUAGCCAUUCAGCUCUGCGCAAAGAUCACUGGAGGGAUGGAGAUAAAGAGCUCAGUGAUACCCGCAGGAUGGAUCGAUGGGCAGAUAACUUGCCUUCAAGACAAUUUGGAGAAGCACGCCGUGCACCCACUGAGCGGUGGACUGAUUCAGGUAACAGGGACUCAAAUUAUGAUCAAAAGCGUGAGAGCAAGUGGAACUCACGCUGGGGGCCUGAUGAUAAAAAUAAUGAAAGGUCACGAGAUAAGUGGGUAGACUCUGGAAGAGAUGGUGAUAUGCUUCUUGACAAAGGGUUGCCCCAUCUUUCUAGUCAUGGGAAGGAUGUGAAGGAAGGGGAUCACUAUCGCCCAUGGAGAUCCACCUCUUCUCAAAGUCGAGGAAGGGGAGAGCCUCCACAUCACCAGGCACUAACUCCAAGCAAGCAGGUUCCCACCUUUUCCUAUGGCAGAGGACGUGGAGAAAGUCACACUUCACCAUUUUCUGCUGGUCAUGGAAGGGGAAGUUCUGGUGGGAACACAGGGGCCAGUAUACCUUCUCACCAUCAAACUCUGGGAAACAUAUCUAACAGGAGUGAAAUUGACCAUGGAGAGCCAUCCCCUUUACGGUAUAGUAGGAAAAAAUUACUUGACUUAUACAUGAGGACUGACAUGAGAAUUUACCAAAAUCUCGUAGAAGAGCUUCUAUCAGUUCCUUCACUUACACAAAAUGAAUCACUGGAACCACUAGCUCUUUGUGCUCCCAGUUCUGAUGAAAUGCUUGUUCUAAAGGGAAUAGACAAAGGGGACAUAACUAGUAGUGGUGCUCCUCAGAUGCCAAAAGAUGGGUCUGCCAGUCGGAACUCUACAGAGUUUACUCAUUCAAGAAGGAAUAAGAUUGGCAGUAGAGAAGAUUUACCACCUGCUGUUGAUGAUUGUAAAGAGGAAACUUCUGACAUUCCAAACAGCAGUUAUUCACAGCUUGAAAAACAUAAGGGAUACCCAGAUGCUAAAUUCAUAUCUGAAGACAAUAAGGGUCUUUUUAAAAGGGAUGAAGAGUUGCCUAUAAGUAGGGAAUCAAGCAUACAAGUGACUAACUCUGUUAAUCCUGGCACCAUGUGGCGAACCUCUUCAUUUGGGGAACGAUCUCCUACAGUCUCCCAUGACUUGAAGGAGAUUCCAAAUGAUGCCAGGUCAAGGACCCCUGACAUGAGCUGGUCACAACCACAGAAAGAUAUGAUUAACCAACGAGAAAGCAAUGUGUUGAAUUCAUCCUAUGCUGGAGCUGAAGCAAAUUGGCAAUCUAGUGAGGAUCCUAUACUUAAGAGGCAGCCAUCUGGAGUUUUGGCUAGGGAACCUGAACCUAGGAAGCUGCCUGCUCCGGAGGACCUUGUCCUUCACUACAAAGAUCCUCAAGGUGAAAUUCAAGGCCCUUUUUCAGGGAUUGAUAUUAUAAGCUGGUUUGAGGCAGGGUAUUUUGGGAUAAAUUUGGAAGUUCGGCUAGCUAGUGCACCCAAGGAGUCACCGUUUUCCUUACUUGGUGAUGUAAUGCCCCACUUGCGAGCUAAAGCACGUCCGCCACCUGGAUUUGGUGUGCCAAAACAGGGUGAACUCUCAGAUUUGUCAAGCAGACCAAAUUACAGUAGCCCUGGGAAAGUUCAUGCUGGUGCAAGUGAGAUCAAUAUGAUCAGAAAUGAGCCAAGGCCAGCAACAGAAGCUGAAAACAGAUUUUUGGAGUCACUCAUGUCUGGUGGCAUGAGCAAUCCAUCUCAAGGCCUGCAAGGAUAUGUUCCACAAUUUUCAAGCACUGGAUCCCAGAGGCUGCAAGCACCUACUCCACCUUCCUUGACAAGUUUGCUUGGUCAAACUAUGGAUAAGUCAUCUGGUAUUUUAAAACCUGAAAAGUUUAUCCCCUCCACUUUAUCUCAGGACUCCCAACUGCUAAACAUGUUGCAGCAGCAGUAUUUAAUGCAGCAGCUGCAACCCCAGACACCGGUACCAACACCACAGAUGUUGCUGCUUGAAAAGAUCAUGUUGCUUAAGCAGCAACAGAAACUGGAGGAACAGCAACAGUUGUUACAACAACAACAAUUGCUUUCACAGGUUUUGCAAGAACAUCAAUCAAAGCAGCAUUUCGGUGAACCCUCUUACGUACACUUACAGACUACUACAAUACCAACAGGCAAUUCAUCCAUGGACCCCUCUCGACUUCAGCCAUCAUUACAGAAUGUUCUUCAGAUUGGUUCGCAGAUCUCAGGCAACCAAGAUGAACAUGCCCAUAACUUCAUGAAUCUACCGCCACAAGUUUCCAGGGAUUCCAGUUAUGCUGUUAGUUCUGGAUCCCCGCCUGUGCUUCUACCACAUGAGAUGCUCAGUAGUAUCAAUUGUCAGAAGAGCUGGGGGACUAAUGCACCGGAACUGGUUAAUGGCAUCCAACGGCCUUUGCCAGUGACAACAAUUGUUGAAAGCUCACCCUCAUUGGAAGUGAACUUAUCCUCCCAGGGGGCUUCUCUCGUGCAAGACCCUCUCGCUUCUGAAUGUCAUGCGCUUCCUAUGGAGCAGCCAUUGGAUUAUACUCAGAAGAUUGAUGAAAUUGCACCAGUUGUACCUACUGUGGAUGAUGCAACCUGUGGAACCUUGGAGCACCAUGAAAUUGCUACUGCUAGAACCUCUAAAACUGAUAUACCUAUUAACGAGGGUGUUCAAUCUACUGAUUCUAUUGAUGAAUUGCUAGUUGGAAGAGAAAAAGGCAAUGAUCAGCCUUCUGUGGUGAGAGAAGCUAAGAAUGUUGAAGCUCAUGAGGUAAGAAAAGCUUCAGAAAAGAAGUCUAGAAAGCAAAAAUCUAGUAAAUCACAAGCUUCUGACCUUGCAAAGGGACUUCCAAAGGCUUCCUCUUUGGUGCAAUUGAAACCAUCUGAAACUGAAGAGCCAGUUGUUUGUGACUCUAAUACUGCUGGACAUAACAUUGAUGGGAUGUCUCAAGGAAAGACGGAACAGAACAAAUCCAGAAAUGCCCCCAUGGAUUCUUAUUAUGCUAAAAGCUUUUCAGCUGCUAACAUUGGUGUGUUGGAUGUUGAAACCAAAGAAACCAAGGGUGAGGCUAGUCUUUCUAGUUUUCCAUUGCAGAACCCAACUGUACAGCCUGCAGUACGUGCAUGGAAACCUGGUCCUGGUUUCAAGGCAAAGUCAUUACUGGAAAUUCAACAAGAAGAACAGAGGAAGGCUCAAACUGAAGUGGCAGUAUCAGAGUUUACUUCUUCUGUCAACUCUCUGAGUUUGUCAACUCCAUGGGCUGGGGUUGUCUCUAGUUUAGAACCCAAAGUUUCUAGAGAAAGUAAAAAAGAUGCAGAUAUUUCUGAGUCAGCUAUUGUGAAACCUGAAAGUUCUUUAAAUUCAGCUAGUAAAAAUAGUCCAUUACAUGAUCUGUUGGCAGAAGAAGUUUUAGCAAAAUCUAGGGAAAGAGAUGCAGAUGUUCCUGGCACUAUUUCUACAUCUUCUGCCCAUGUUACCACUACAAAUGUCGAACCCACUGAUAAUGACAAUUUUAUUGAGGCUAAAGAAACUAAAAGGAGUCGAAAAAAGUCUGCCAAAUCUAAGGGUACAGGAGCAAAAGUUUCCGGUCCUCCUAAUACUGCUGAUGCGGUUCUUGUUAGUGCAAGUACUAUUGAGAAAGUCAAAAGUUCUCGUCCAGCACAGGUGGAGAAGGAAUUAUUGCCUUCAAUUCCCUCAGGUCCUUCUUUGGGAGAUUUUGUACCUUGGAAAGAGGAGGAAGUAAACCCUUCCCCUGCUCCAGCUUGGUCUGCUGAUUCUAAGAAACUUCCUAAACCCACAUCAUUGCGGGACAUCCAAAAGGAGCAGAAGAGGAAUUCCUCUGUCCAGCCCACAAAUCCAAUACCAACUCCUCAUAAGUCCCAACCAAGUCAUUCAACUCCUGCUGGUGUUUCAUCUUGGUCCUUCACUGCAUCUUCACCAUCAAAGACUGCAUCCCCGAUCCAGAUUAAUUCUCAUGCAACACAGUCAAAACAUAAAGGAGAUGAUGACCUAUUCUGGGGUCCAAUUGAUCAGACAAAGCAAGAAACGAAGCAAGGUGAUUUCCCACUUCUUGCAAAUGUGGGCGGCUGGGGAACAAAAAGCACUCCUGCUAAAGGAACUGCAAGUGGGGCAUUAAGUCGACAAAAGUCAAGUGGCAGAGCUAUUGAGCGCACUUUGUCAUCCUCUCCUGCCUCUGCUCAGUCAUUCCUUAAAGGCAAAAGUGACAUGUUGACAAAGCAUUCUGAGGCCAUGGAUUUCAGAGAUUGGUGCGAGAGUGAAUGUGUUAGGCUUAUUGGGACAAAAGAUACAAGUGUCUUGGAAUUUUGUUUGAAGCAAUCUAGAUCUGAGGCUGAAAUGCUUCUGGUAGAGAACCUUGGAUCAUUUGAUCCAAAUCACGAGUUCAUUGAGAAAUUUCUCAACUAUAAGGAAUUGCUACCUGCUGAUGUGAUUGAGAUUGCUUUUCAAAGUCGAUAUGACAGAAAGUUAACAGAGUUGGGCAGCGGAUAUGUGAACUCCAGCAAUGCAAGUGUUGCUAAUUUUGACCCAGAAGUUGGAGUUGGCCUAGAUGGUUCCUCCAAGGGGGGAGGCAAGAAGAAAGGGAAGAAAGGGAAGAAAGUUAGUCCAGCUGUUUUGGGAUUCAACGUAGUGAGCAACCGGAUUAUGAUGGGUGAGAUUCAGACAGUAGAAGAUUGAGAAAUCUGGACUUAUUUUUGAGAGAUCAUAACGGAUUUUUGAGACGUUGGGUCAGUUGUAAAUACAUUUGGGUUUUACUCUUUUGUAAAUUGGCCAGCUAGGGUUUUAUUUAUUCCUUUGUUAACUUUGUUAGAGAGCAGGAGGAAUUGAAACUGCUCAAGCGUUUUUGGAGUAAGGUCAAUUGCGGUGAAAGUCGUCUAUUUUUUGUUAAGAGGUUUAUUUAUAAAAUAGCAACUUUGAUCUCCAAAAAAAGGUCGACUACGGUGAGCAGUUUUUCUAUGCGAUCCGUGUGAGCCAGACUCAUCCGAGUGACAUUAGCAAACAUCAUUUUACAUCUCCAAUCGUUUAGCUACUUGCGUCUGACAGGAGUAGGUGGGAUCAUUUUAGUUCAUGGUGGGUUAAUGUGUAGUCCUCCAAAAAUACUUGGUAGUUGAUAUGUUUUCUUUUAUUUAGAAGGUAUAUGAAUUUGUAUUUUGUUAAUUUGUCAAGAGUUAAUGUAUAGUUUGUUCCUUGUUAAAAAGUAGGAUGUUUUGUUUAACUCUUUCUUUUGAAAUGGUUUUAAUAGGCACUUUCCAUUAGAAGUCAAA